AUGCCCCGCUUUAAUCGACGGGAGCAGCUCCCGCUCCAUAUCAAGCGCGCUAUUUGCGCGCACCACGUCGACAACCCCCGCCUGCGUCAUGUUGACCUGGCGAGGUGGUGCUACACGCAGUACGGAUUGCGCGCGGAUCGCUCCACCGUCGGCCGCAUAUUGAAGCUCGCCGAGCGAUGGGCUGUCACGGCAACCGGUGACAACCAAGUGCGCCGUCGAGGUGGCGCAUGGCCUGAGCUGGAGCAGGCCAUGGCGCGGUGGAUCGCAAACGCAGGGCCCGCUGGCGUGCCUCUGACGCUGCAGACCAUCCGCGGCCAUGUCGCGACGAUGUCCCAGAACAUGGGCAUUCCGCCCUCAUUCCGCUGCUCCAUCGGCUGGGUGCGCCGUGCUUUGAGGCGCCAGGGAGUGAGGUGCCGUGCAGCACAAGGCGAGGCGGCUAGCGCGGACAUGGCCGCCGUACGCCACGCACGUGAGAAGCUGCCGCAACUCCUCACGCAUCUCGGUGUCACCCCGCGGGACACUUUCAACCUCGAUGAGACGGCGCUCUGGCUGUCAGUCCUCCCUCGGCGCACUUACAGCAACGGCCGCAUUCCCGGCCGCAAAGUAUCGAAGGAGCGGCUCACCGUGGCAUUCCUCGUGAAUGCUGACGGGAGCCACAUAUUCCGACCACUCGUGAUCAUGUACGUUCCGCCUUCCCCUCCCUUCCCGUCCCUGCAGUUAUUCACACAUUUCAUAUUGCAGCUCAAUGCUGCGAUGUACGCCGAAGGUCGCAAGAUCGUGUUGCUGCUCGACAUCGCGAGCAGCCACAUGCUCCGCUCUGAGCUCGCAUGGAGCGAGAUCGUCUGCGGCAUGCGGACGACCUGCAUGAGCAACGUGCAGCUCGUCUUCCUGCCGCCGAAUACCACCGCAUUCAAACAGCUGCUCGAUCAAGGCAUCAUAGCCACCGUAAAGGCCCGCUACCGACAGCAUUGGCUGCGGGCCUUCUCGGCCUUGUGGAACGGCGACGGCGCGACUUCCGCCGUCGCGCGUUUCUGCCCAAACUUGCGCGAUGUCCUCGCGUGGCUGUCGGACGCGUGGACCUCGGUCGGCGCGCGCACCAUUCAACGGUGCUGGUGGCGCACGGGGUGUCUGCCGCUCUCGUGGUCCCUGGAGCUUACGCAGGUACACGACGAUGAGCCCUCCCCCGCCGUCUACCCCGACAUCGAGCUCGACGACGACAUCGACGAUGUCGGGACGCUUAUUAGCGGGCUCGCCCUCGGGAAUGCGACGAUGACGGCCGCAGAGUACGUCGCCAUCGACGACGACGAACCAACGUGCGCCGAGGGCGCUGCGGGACAGCCCACGACUGAGCCGGAGGCGGGCCUAGAGGUGGAGCUCUGGCACGCGCCGACGACCAUGCAAGCCGUCUACGACGACGCCGACCCAGUGUGCCGCGAAGCGCGGCGCACUGCACGGGCGGCAUGCGAGAUGCUCAUCGGAUAUGCACGGGCCACCCGCAUCACGCCGCGCGAUCUGUGCCAUCUGCUCGAUAUUCGCAACCCCAUCGUAAUUGCGCGGAUGGAGCGGGCGAGCCUGUCAUUCAACCUCAACGUGGCGCCUCAGCCCGUACCCUCCCCGGGCGCAACUUCCACGCCCGAGACCCCUCGUCCGCGCGGCCGUGUGCUGCCCGGUUGGAUGACCCGUCCGUCUCGCCGUCAGGAGUUGUUUGACGCCGGUGUGGGCGCUGUGAUGGACGGGUAUGUGGACGCGGCUGAGUGGAUGCGUCUGUGA